GUGGGGUGGGCCCCGCUACCAACGUUGAGGGUGUGGGGAGGCGUGGAGGCGGCAGCGUGGAUCCCUGCGCUGUUUAACGCCGCUGCCAACUCGAUCCAGGCAAGGCGUUGACCGUCCUGCCAGAAAGGAAGGCUGGCCCGCUGCUAACGGCAUCGCACAUGGGAGACUUCGACCUCCCCGUCUGCAAAAUGGCUGAAAAAUACCUACCCCGCUGGGGUGUAACGAGGAUAAAUCCACUUCAAGCUGUGAGGGGCUGGGAUGCGGUGGUGGGAGGAGGUGCAUGAAUCUAUCAGAGGAACUUAAGAGUCAAGAAAGCAUUAAACACAUUGAAACAGCAAAUACACAAGAUGAGAAACGUGUCCAGGAGCAGUCAAACGACACCAGCGGCCGUGAGAGAGGGCUGGGUAGCGAGACGGCUGGAGAGGAGGGCUGAACUGGCUGCCACCGGACACGAGGGAAAUCGCACGUGGUUCUCGGUUUUUGGCAGUUAAUUCACAUGUCAUCAGAAACUGCAACCAUUACUGUUCGCCUUGUCCGUUCCUUUGAGCACCGUAAUUUCAGACCUGUGGUAUAUCAUGGAGUUCGUUUGGACCAAACCGUAAAGCAGUUUGUUGCAUUCGUAAGGAAUGUCUUUUUACUUUUAAUAGAUGUGUCUUCAAGAGCAGGACUUCCACCUCCUUUCAGAAAUUACAAAUAUGAUACAAUGAAGAUUAUUCACCAAGCACAUAGAUCUAAGACCAAUGAACUUGUAGUGAGUUUGGAAGAUGAUGACAAACUCAUUUUGAGAGAUGACAGCACUUUGAAAGCAGCUGGAGUAGCAAAUGAAACCGAAUUAGCAUUCUUCUGUGAGGAAGAUUACAGAAACUACAAAGCUAAUCCUGUUUUGGCUUGGUGAAGAUCCCAAGGAACGUUGUUUUUUUUUUUUAAAUUUUGUUUUCUUGUACCUGUUGUAAACUCUUUGUUUUGUUGUAAUAAGUGGGGGGUUUUUUUGUUUUUUGUUUUUUUUAAAUGAUCAAUAAAUCUUAGAGGAUUGUUCCA